GUGGACAGAAAUAACCAUCGCUGCCCCCCAUGAGACUCUGUGAGCACAGCAAGCUGCCCUCCCAAGAGUGGCCACUACAUCCAGCCCCCUCCAGCCUCCCAGAAAUUGUCAUUGUGUGUGUGCGUGUUUCCUGAUAGGAAAAAAAUGGAAAUUAGGUUAUAUAAAAGAUGUAUGCUUUGGAGCCCAGAGCGGCUCUUUUAAUGAGGGUUGCGACGUCUCCCUCCCCACACCCAUAAACCAGCCGGGUGGGACGUCACCGCUAAUUCGUUUCAGCGAUGAUAGGAUAAAGGAGGACAUUAAGAAACAAAUUCCCCCUCACGACCCUCGCUGAGAUCCCGGAUCAUCCCACAUAUUUACGCCGCGAUUCCAGCCGCCGGGCGUGGAGCGACUUAGCGCCGGGGCUCCUCGGAGGGACCGCGGCGGCCGAGCGGAUGGGAAGCCCCAGAUCUCAUCUGCAUCUAACAGACCGGUGACCAGGAUGCCCAGAGAAUUGUCCACAUCGCUCAUGCGUCACUACUAGACACAUCCACCAGACACUCCUCCUCCCCAGUCUGCCUGACCUGUUGCUUAGGGACACGUCCCACUGCUUCUCCUGACAUCUGCCUGAUCAACCAUCACUUCCUACAGGACAGGAAGGAAGCAGACGCAUGAAAUCACGCCACCAUCGGCCAAAUGGCAAUGAACGGUGACGCUGAGUUGACGUCAAAGACAGAGGACUGAGACAUCUGCAGCCCCUGUCUCCCCUGCUCUUCUCCCAGCACAGCCUGAAGCCCAGCGCCUCCUGUGAAAUCAUCUUGCCUUGAUUCAUUUCGAGGUCUUCAGCCGGGACUUUCGGACAGAGGACACCAUGGAAGAUCACGUGUUUGGUGUUCAGCAGAUCCAACCCAAUGUCAUUUCUGUCCGCCUCUUCAAGCGCAAAGUCGGGGGCCUGGGGUUCCUGGUAAAGGAGCGGGUCAACAAGCCACCCGUGAUCAUCUCUGAUCUGAUUCGAGGCGGGGCCGCCGAGCAGAGUGGACUCAUCCAGGCCGGAGACAUCAUUCUUGCAGUCAAUGGCCGGCCCUUGGUGGACUUGAGCUACGACAGUGCCCUGGAGGUGCUCAGGGGCAUCGCCUCUGAGACCCAUGUGGUCCUCAUCCUGAGGGGCCCUGAGGGUUUCACGACGCACCUGGAGACCACCUUCACCGGGGAUGGGACCCCCAAGACCAUCCGAGUAACACAACCCCUGAGCGCCCCCACCAAAGCUGUCGAUCUGUCCCACCAACCACCGGCCAGCAAAGAGCAGCCAGUGGCGGUGGAUGGGGCCGUGGGUCCUGGGAACGGGCCUCAGCAUGCCCAAGACAGUGGGCAAGAAGCCAGCUUGCUCUCCCACGCCAACGGCCUGGCUCCCCGAACCCCAGGCCAGGCCCCUGCCAAGGAAAGGGCCAACGUCGAUCUCCAGGGCAGCAGGGAGCACAACGCACUGCUCAGAGAGAUAGAGCCUGUGCUGAGCCUCCUCACCAGUGGAGGCAACAGAGGGGCACCUGCCAAGGCAGAGACGCAAGACACUGGAGUCCAAGUGGACAGAGACCUGGACAGCAAGUCGUGCAAAGCUCUGGCCCUUGGCGGGGAGAACGACCGAGUCUUCAGUGACCUGUGGGGCAAAGGCAACGCGCCCGUCAUCCUCAACAACCCGUAUUCAGAAAAGGAGCAGCCCCCUGCCUCAGGCAGACAGUCCCCCACCAAGAAUGGCAGCCCCUCCAAGUGCCCCCGCUUCCUCAAGGUCAAGAACUGGGAGACUGACGUGGUUCUCACGGACACCCUCCACCUUAAAAGCACACUGGAAACGGGCUGCACGGAGCACAUCUGCAUCGGCUCGGUCAUGCUGCCCUCUCAGCACACACGAAGGCCCGAAGACAUCCGCACCAAGGACCAGCUCUUCCCGCUUGCCAAAGAGUUCCUGGAUCAGUACUACUCGUCAAUUAAAAGAUUCGGCUCCAAAGCCCACAUGGACAGGCUGGAAGAGGUGAACAAGGAGAUUGAAAGCACCAGCACCUACCAGCUCAAGGACACGGAGCUCAUCUACGGGGCCAAACAUGCCUGGCGGAAUGCCGCCCGCUGUGUUGGCAGGAUCCAGUGGUCCAAGCUGCAGGUGUUCGAUGCCCGCGACUGCACCACGGCACAUGGGAUGUUCAACUACAUCUGCAACCACGUCAAGUACGCCACCAACAAGGGCAACCUCAGGUCAGCCAUCACCAUAUUUCCCCAGAGGACGGACGGCAAGCACGACUUCCGAGUCUGGAACUCCCAGCUCAUCCGCUACGCCGGCUACAAGCAGCCCGACGGCUCCAUCCUGGGGGACCCCGCGAACGUGGAGUUCACAGAGAUCUGCAUCCAGCAGGGCUGGAAACCUCCGAGGGGCCGCUUCGACGUCCUGCCGCUCCUGCUCCAGGCCAAUGGCAACGACCCCGAGCUCUUCCAGAUCCCACCCGAGCUGGUGCUGGAAGUGCCCAUCAGGCACCCCAAGUUUGAGUGGUUCAAGGACCUGGGCCUGAAGUGGUACGGCCUCCCCGCCGUGUCCAACAUGCUCCUGGAGAUCGGCGGCCUGGAGUUCAGCGCCUGUCCCUUCAGCGGCUGGUACAUGGGCACUGAGAUCGGCGUCCGAGACUACUGCGACAGCUCGCGCUACAACAUCCUGGAGGAAGUAGCCAAGAAGAUGAACUUGGACAUGAGGAAGACGUCCUCACUGUGGAAGGACCAGGCGCUGGUGGAGAUCAACAUCGCCGUCCUCUUCAGCUUCCAGAGUGACAAAGUGACCAUCGUUGACCAUCACUCUGCCACCGAGUCCUUCAUCAAGCACAUGGAGAAUGAGUACCGCUGUCGGGGUGGCUGCCCGGCUGACUGGGUGUGGAUCGUGCCCCCCAUGUCCGGCAGUAUCACCCCCGUCUUCCACCAGGAGAUGCUCAACUAUCGGCUCACACCCUGCUUCGAGUACCAGCCUGACCCUUGGAACACCCACGUCUGGAAAGGCACCAAUGGGACCCCCACCAAGCGACGUGCCAUCGGCUUCAAGAAGUUGGCAGAAGCCGUCAAAUUCUCGGCCAAGCUGAUGGGGCAGGCCAUGGCCAAGAGGGUCAAAGCCACCAUUCUCUAUGCCACAGAGACAGGCAAAUCUCAAGCCUACGCCAAGACCUUGUGUGAGAUCUUCAAACACGCCUUUGAUGCCAAGGUGAUGUCUAUGGAGGACUACGACAUUGUGCACCUGGAGCAUGAAACUCUGGUCCUGGUGGUGACCAGCACCUUCGGCAACGGGGACCCCCCUGAGAACGGGGAGAAAUUCGGCUGUGCGUUGAUGGAAAUGAGGCACCCCAACUCCGUGCAAGAGGAAAGGAAGAGCUACAAGGUCCGCUUCAACAGCGUCUCCUCCUACUCUGACUCCCACAAAUCAUCGGGCAAUGGACCUGACCUCAGAGACAACUUCGAGAGUGCUGGACCCCUGGCCAAUGUCAGGUUCUCCGUGUUUGGCCUCGGCUCCCGGGCCUACCCGCAUUUCUGCGCCUUCGGACACGCCGUGGACACUCUCCUGGAAGAGCUGGGCGGGGAGAGGAUCCUGAAGAUGAGAGAGGGAGACGAGCUCUGUGGGCAGGAGGAGGCUUUCAGGACCUGGGCCAAGAAGGUCUUCAAGGCAGCCUGCGAUGUGUUCUGCGUGGGGGACGACGUCAACAUCGAGAAGGCAAACAACUCGCUCAUCAGCAACGACCGCAGCUGGAAGAGAAACAAGUUUCGCCUCACCUACGUGGCUGAGGCCCCAGAACUCACACAAGGUCUCUCCAAUGUCCACAAGAAGCGAGUCUCCGCUGCACGGCUCCUGAGCCGUCAAAACCUACAAAGUCCUAAAUCCAGCCGAUCAACCAUCUUCGUGCGUCUGCACACCAACGGGAACCAGGAGCUGCAGUACCAGCCCGGAGACCACCUGGGGGUCUUCCCUGGCAACCACGAAGACCUCGUGAACACCCUCAUUGAGCGGCUGGAGGACGCGCCCCCCACCAACCAGAUGGUCAAGGUGGAACUGCUGGAGGAACGGAACACGGCUUUGGGUGUCAUCAGUAACUGGAAGGAUGAGCCCCGCCUCCCUCCCUGCACCAUCUUCCAGGCCUUCAAGUACUACCUGGACAUAACUACACCACCCACGCCCUUGCAGCUGCAGCAGUUCGCCUCCCUGGCCACCAGCGAGAAGGAGAAGCAGCGCCUGCUGGUCCUCAGCAAGGGGUUGCAGGAGUACGAGGCGUGGAAGUGGGGCAAGAACCCCACCGUGGUGGAAGUGCUGGAGGAGUUCCCGUCCAUCCAGAUGCCGGCCACCCUGCUGCUCACGCAGCUGUCCCUGCUCCAGCCUCGUUAUUACUCCAUCAGCUCCUCCCCGGACAUGUACCCGGACGAGGUGCACCUCACCGUGGCCAUCGUCUCCUACCGCACCCGAGAUGGAGAAGGACCAAUUCACCACGGUGUGUGCUCCUCCUGGCUCAACCAGAUACAGGCUGGCGAAGUGGUUCCCUGUUUUGUGAGAGGCGCACCCAGCUUCCACCUACCCCAAAACCCCCAGGUCCCCUGCAUCCUGGUCGGCCCGGGAACUGGCAUUGCCCCCUUCCGGAGCUUCUGGCAGCAACGGCAGUUCGACAUCCAGCACAAAGGAAUAAAUCCCUGCCCGAUGGUCCUGGUCUUCGGGUGCCGGCAAUCAAAAAUAGAUCACAUCUACAGGGAGGAGACCCUGCAGGCCAAGAACAAGGGGGUCUUCAGAGAGCUGUAUGCAGCCUACUCCCGAGAGCCAGACAAACCAAAGAAGUAUGUGCAGGACAUCCUAGAAGAGCAGCUGGCGGAGGCCGUGUACCGAGCCCUCAAGGAGCAAGGGGGCCACAUCUACGUCUGCGGGGACGUCACCAUGGCCGCUGACGUCCUCAAGGCCAUCCAGCGCAUCAUGGCUCAGCAGGGCAGACUCUCGGAGGAGGAUGCUGGCGUGUUCAUCAGCAGGCUGAGGGAUGACAACCGGUACCAUGAAGAUAUUUUUGGAGUCACCCUGCGCACGUACGAAGUGACCAACCGCCUUAGAUCUGAGUCCAUUGCCUUCAUUGAAGAGAGCAAAAAAGACGCAGAUGAGGUUUUCGGCUCCUAACUGGACCCUGUUGCCCAGAGAGAGGACGGGUGGCUCCCCAAGUGCUCCAGCAGGGGUGGCCGCAGCUUUCCUGGGCGUGGAUUCGCGGCCGAA